UGACGUAUCCUAAUCAAAAGUGAGGUUAAGUGACCUCGAAAAUUUGUUUUGUUUACAAAAUCAAUAUUCUUGCAAAAACAGUUAAAUUAAAAAUCCUUUUAAACAAAUAAAACGUUUAUUAAUUCCCAAACCUUAAAUCUAUUAACAGUCGUUUACGAAAUCAUGAUCGAAUCGUGCCCUAAAAAACGUAUGCUACUAGGAAUAUCGUUUCUAGGAAUACUUACCCUGGUAGUUUUAGUGGUGGAAUCCCAUUGGACCGACAGCAGCCAGCGUGCCUCCAGAAAAAAUAACUUUAUAGUCGAACAAAACUCGACUUGCUUUGAAAAAGAACCGUUUGAAGUUAUCAAAGACUGCGAGCCCUGUUCCGCCUUCGAACUGCGAAGCAAAAGUAUUGGGGUGUGCAUUCACACCCAUUACAAGGAGGUGCUCAAAUGUGCCAAUGGUGAAAUAGUUACAAGAAGUUGCGACAGGGCUGCAUAUUAUGACGAACAGACCUUUUGGAAAUUCGAGGGAUUCAUGUUGGGGGCCAGCUUAGUGUCUUUGGUCUGUGUCUCAACUAGAAAGAGAGUUUUGAAUAAACGGAUGGUGCAAAGGGUUGCAAGACAAUUAGCCAAUUGUGUGUGAUAAUAGCGGAGAUGUGUAUGUGAAUAUUUAUUGUUUGUAAAUAAUAGAAAUAAAUAAUCUCUAUAUCGAACAAA